AAUUUUCCUGUUGACCUAAUCAGGAUAAAGAGGAGGACAGAAGAUGCCAUGUGCUGAGAGUUACUAACCAUCCACACCUUCUUCCUUCACAGGAUACCUUGUUUUGUUCUGGAAGAAAAUCGGACGGUGUCUUUUCAAAGUCUCACUGAUUCCACCGACAUGAAAACAGGGAGUUCUUGUGUGAAGAGUUCUGUGGAAGACACUCAUGAACCAAAGAAGAUGUGUAAGGCUUUCCAGGAUAUUUCUACAUACUUUUCUGAGGAGGAGUGGGCGAAGCGAAGCACAUGGCAGAAAAGUGUCUAUGUGUAUAUGAAAAGAAACUACAUCAGAAUGACGGCCCUAGGGGUCACAGUCAACCAACCAGUUUUCAUGCGUGGCAAGCAACAGUCCAAAGAAAUCCUGGUGGAAUGUUUUCAAGUUCAUGGCCAUGAGAAUAAAGCUGGUGACAUUCAGGUAAAUGUCUGGAGUAACCGGUUGAGGAAAAGGAAGAAGCGAGUGAUCCAUGAAGAGAUCAGGGAUCCCAAAUAG